CUGCUGAUUCUCCACUUUUUGUUUGGAGGGAUUAUGUGAUCGGAUUGCAAGGUACUAUUUAUUUUCUUUCAAGAGAAUGUGUGUGGACGGAGAAACCUCGUCUGCAAAUUGUCUCGACAUGAUUAAAGAAGCUGAUUCACCAAUUUCUGAACUUGCUAUCAAGGUAAGGAAACCUUAUAUAAUAACUAAACAACGAGAAAGAUGGACCGAAGAAGAGCACAAUAAAUUUCUGGAAGCACUGAAACUUUAUGGCCGAGCCUGGCGAAGAAUAGAAGAGCAUAUAGGAUCAAAGACUACAGUUCAGAUUCGAAGCCAUGCUCAGAAGUUUUUUUCGAAGGUGACACGGGACUCAUCAAGCGAUUGUCCAGGUAGUGUCAAAGUUAUAGAGAUACCUCCUCCACGACCCAAAAAGAAACCAAAUCAUCCUUACCCCCGUAAAUUGGGUCAUCUAUCCAUUAGGAAAGGUUCUCUUAUAGAUGGACAGCUGUGGCCUUCCAGUAAACAGUCGGUUUCUGAGCAGGAGAGUAAAUCACCAACAUCAGUGUUGUCUGCAUUUGGAUCAGAAACAAUUGGAACAACUGCUGCUGACACCCUAAAGCCUUGUAUGUCACCAGUUUCAUCUGCUGAUAGGACUGUCACGGUAGAGGAAACAUUGGUCGGACAAGGGAGCCGAUCUAAAUCAGCUGACUACAAGUGUAAUCAAUCAACGGUUCAACCUGCUUUCUCUUGCAUGCAAGAUGUAUCUCCAAUGGAUAUAGACUCCGGCUUUCAAAAAUCUUUUGCAUCUGCGGUGGGUCCAGUUACAGGACAGCAAAUGACAAGUCUUAAGUUGUUUGGAAGGACAGUCGUAGUAGGUGAAUUGCAGCAGCAGUCUUCGAGAGAUAAGAAUAAGUUGGAAUACCAGGAGGCAUUCUCUAACUGUAAAGAAAUAGAUCCGGAAUCACAAAAACCUGAGGAAAAGGAUAAGUCUGAUUCCCUGGGUGAAAGCGGAGGUAAAUGCUAUGGUCGAAUUUCACCUAGGUCUCAUUGUUUGUCUUCUAAUGAGGAUCACACAUGCCUUGUGGAAUCUAAUAUGGUUUCUUUUCCUUCUUGGUGGAAUUUGUAUGGAGUUAUGCCUUUCCACCUUUCAAGACCCUUUAAUCCAACUUUAGAUCAUUCCAUUGAUAGUAAAUUUGUACAUAUUGCUCCUACUUCGAAUGAAAUUUCACAAGCUGAUUCCAACACUACCUCCGAUUGCAAUUCUGAGGCAGCUGAGAGUGCUGUACAAAUGAACGAAUUAACACCAACAUUAGUGCUGAAGCCAAGCAAAAAUUCAGCUUUCAGCAGUGUUAUUCCAUCUUCUGCAAACGCUGCUAGAGGCUUUGUGCCUUACAAAAGAUGUGUAGUUGAAAAGCAACUACAAUGCACACCUGUGGUUAACUGCGAAGUAGUUUUUGGGCAAACGCUUGGGUAUCAGUAGAUAAUUCAGAAUCACAAACGUGUCACUUUGCUUUGUUGAGGUGAUUAGAGAUGAUUCUGUCCACUGUGUUUUAUCUUCUCUCUCAUUGUUUUUCAGUUGUAGAUUUGAUUGAUGCAGCUGUUUCAGUCGUUGUUGAUGAUCAUGAGUGGAAGAUAAACAGCCCUGUGGACACAGAUUCUCCAGCUCCUCUUGUUGUAUAUUAGAUUAGAUUUGUUACUUCAAUUUUUGAAUAAGUGCGUUGUAUUAAGUGCUUAUUAACUCUGAUAUUAUACUGCUGUUUUCAUGUGGUGCUGUACAAUGUAUAAAACUCGUGAGAUGUCUUGCUAACUUCAUGGCUUUAAUUUUA